AUGGCUGGCAUCGUUGAGAUCACCUCUUCCAUUCCCCAGCCGGUCCAAUGGGCUCUGGCGGGUGUGGGCGCCUUCGUCCUCGCCAGCCGCGUACUGAGCUACAUCUGGCUGCUGCUGGAACUUUUCGUGCUCAGCGGGACUAAUCUCCGAAAAUAUGGCCCCAAAGGCUCAUGGGCCGUCGUUACCGGCGCCUCUGACGGUCUCGGCAAGGAGUACGCCAAGCAGCUUGCCUCUAAAGGCUUCAACAUCGUCCUCGUAUCCCGCACCCAAUCCAAGCUAGACGCCCUGGCCAGCGAGCUCUCCGGCGUGCAGACCAAGGUCCUCGCUAUGGACUACUCCCAGGACAACGAAGCCGACUACGCCCGUUUGGCCGAGCUGGUUGAAGGCCUCGACGUCGCGAUCUUGAUCAACAACGUCGGCCAGAGCCACUCCAUACCAACCCGCUUCCUCGAGACAGAGAAGAAGGAGUUGCAAGACAUUGUCACCAUCAACUGCCUUGGCACCCUGAAGACCACCCAGGUCAUUGCGCCCGGAAUGGUGCAGCGCAAGCGUGGGCUCAUUCUGACCAUGGGCUCCUUCAGCGGCUGGAUGCCAAUCCCGUACCUGGCGACGUACAGCGGCAGCAAGGCUUUCCUGCAGCACUGGAGCACGGCGCUGGCUGGUGAGCUCAAGGAAGAUAAUGUCGAUGUCUACAUCGUCCUCAGCUGGCUUGUCUGCUCGGCCAUGAGCAAGGUUCGGCGCCCAAGCCUGAACGUCCCCAACCCGGGUCCAUUUGUCAAGAAUACCUUGGGCAAGAUCGGAAAGGGCAGGACGCAGAAUAUUGCUUACACCUACACGCCUUGGUGGACUCAUGCUCUCGUGCUUUGGUGGGUCGAGAAUACGAUCGGAUUCGGGAGCAAGAUUGGUAUCUAUUUCAACCUGGUGUCUCACAAAGAUAUCCGUGCCAGGGCUCUGCGCAAGGCUGCUCGCGAGGCGAAAAAGGCUUAA